AUGUCUGCCAACUUGGACAAAUCUCUGGACGAAAUCAUUGGUACCAACAAAAAGCCUAUCAGAAAGGUCAACAAGAAGGCUCCUAAGAAGGUUUCCAAACAAAUUGUGGGUGGGAACCGUCGUGGAGCAUCGGUGGCUGCUGUUAGACAAAGACCUGCUCCUGUGAAAGCCAACAACGUUCUAGAGCAGGCCUACGGUACCAAAGUGAGCGUGGAAGGAUUGCCAAGAGACAUCAAGCAAGAUGCUGUCAGAGAAUUUUUUUCCUCUCAGAUUGGUGGUGUUGCGAGAAUUCUUUUGAGUUACAACGAAAGAGGAUUGUCCACUGGUAUGGCCACCAUCACAUUCAAAAAUGUCGAGAAGGCCAGAGAAGCCGUCAAGAAAUUUAACGGUGCUCCAAUCGACGGCGGCAGAUCCAAGUUGAGAUUGAGUUUGAUCAUCGACCCUACUAAGAAGCCUCUCGCCUCUAGAAUCCAAUCCAUUGUGGAACGCAAACCUCUACCUGUAAGGGGACCUAACAAAAAAGUGGCAGCUGUCAAGAAACAAAAGAGAGACGAGAAGAAAAAGCCCAAGACCAAGGCCAAGCCUGAAAAGAAAAGUCUCGAACAAUUAGAUCAAGAAAUGGCUGAUUACUUUGAAGAGAAAAAGGCUUAG